UGUGUUUUAGGUAUCCAAGACACGUCCGAUUGAGCCGAGGUCCGGGUUAGUCUUGUGUUAACUUACUGCCGCAGAGAGACUGAGUCAUCUCGGAGCUGUCAUUUCAGCACCGUGCAGAUAGACGCAGAAUAUCAGGAGCGCAACGGCAAACACCAAAAAAAUCUCAAGUCAGCCUGCGUUUUGAACGACUUUGCGAUCCGAUAGUGUAACUUCACGGGGUCUUAGAAAAGUUGACUUUUGUCUUUUGGCCACAACGGUGCAAAGGGAGGUGACAUUAACUUUAAAAAUCGCUCUUGUUUGACCGCGUUGCAGAAGUGCUGACGAUGGGAAUAUAAACAAAAUAAAGUCCCCAAUUACCAACCGAGAACACUGAAAACCCGCUGCUAAACGCACUAGAUUUUUGUGUGUGUUCAAGAAGAACUGAAUGUCAGAUCCCCAAACUCAAGGCUCCAAAUUUGGACAGCGGUUCUUAAUCUUUGUUUCAUCGCACUCGGUGUGUUCGCUGGUGGAAGGCGUUUAAGAUUGGAGGAAGGAUGGAUGAUGCGUUCAGGGACAGGACUACCCUGGUGAGGGGCGCCAAAGACAUUGCCAAAGAAGUUAAGAAGCAAACGGUGAAGAAGACCAAUGCCGGCGGUGACUAUGCGCAGGGCGAGUACACCAAGACAACUUACGCCAACUUUCAAGACGACGAGGGCUACAACUAUGGCAAAGCGACUCACGGAGAGGGUCCACCAGAGGACGAGGGCUCCAGUGAUGCCACAGAAGGGCACGACGAGGAGGAUGAGAUCUACGAGGGGGAGUACCAGGGGAUCCCAGACACCAGCCAGAGGAAGGAGAACCAGGUCGCCAUUGGGCAACUUGUCUCGGACGACUACAAGGACCGCGAAGAGCUGGACGCCGAGAGGAGAGCUGACGAAGAGGAGCUGGCCCAACAGUACGAGCUGAUCAUUCAGGAGUGCGGCCAUGGCCGCUUCCAGUGGGCACUCUUCCUUGUGCUGGGAUUGUCCCUCAUGGCUGAUGGAGUGGAAGUGUUUGUGGUGGGUUUUGUCCUGCCGAGUGCCGAGACAAAUAUGUGCGUAGAAAACUCCACCACUGGAUGGCUGGGUGAGUAACCCUUUGUUGUAUUUUUCCUCUGAAGAAUGUCAGCUUAA